AUGAAAUAUAUCUUAAUCAUUGUCUUAUUGAUUUCCGCAACCACAACAAGAUCAAUACACUUGAACUCAGACGAGAAAAUGAGUAGAUGCAUAGCAAAACUUUGCAGAAAUUAAAUAGGAGCUUGUAUAAGAAUUAAAGGAUGCGCCGAUAACUUUAAGAGUUGUGCAAAUGAACUUGAAAAAGAUGAAGAUAUUGAAAAAGUUAAUUAACAUAUUAAUAUUUAGUUUGACUUAUGCUUAGAUAAAGUACCAUAAUCUUAUACAUUAAUGGAAUGCAUAUAAUCAAAUUGCAUCAAUAUUGAAAGUAAUAAGAUAGAAUAGCAUUAAAGAAAUUGA